CAUGAUAUGUGAAUCUCUCAGCGGAUGGAGGAAAGCAUAUGCCAGCCUGCUUCAAAAGUUUUCUUGGGGGCUCAGUUGAGCAGGCUUGUUGUGAUCAUCCACACCCGCUUUGUCAGUACCCCCCUGGCACAGGUUUGGGGGCUUUGGUCCCAGGUGGCCUAAGGGAAGGAGAAAAUGGAAAGUCUGCGAGAUUCAGGCUCGGAGCGGAGUGGGCCACCGGAAAUUCAACAAGUGGUCGCUGAUCCUUCUCCUGUUGACCCUGGGAAAGUUGACCAAAUGAAAGGCGAGAGAAUUGUGGUGUAUGUGGAGGUGGUGCCACUGAAACCAAAACAUGCAUAUGCUCUCAAGCAUGCAUUGCGGCUCUGUCAGACAGAUCGGGGAGACACUCUCACGCUCCUUCAUGUCCUGUCGCUUUUCAAGAAAAACCCUGCGAUUGGUAGAGGGGCUGUGCCGCUGGGGCCAGGUGUGCGAGAGGCGUUGGAGGCCUGCCUGCUGGAACAUGAGCAACGAGCCCAGUUCUCUUUGGAGGAGUUGAAGAAAGUCCUCUGUGACACCCAGAAUAUUGACGCUGAAAUUUCAAUUGUGCCCUGCGGCGCAUCAGAUGUGAAGACCACACUACUGAACACUCUCCGCGAAAUGAAAGCUACCAAAGUCAUCAUGGAGAUGACAAUACAGAAAUGGCCAAUUUCGGCAAAGAGUGCAAUUGUGGAUUCAUUCUGCAAAGAGGACGUUCCAUGUGAGGUUAUUGUCAUUGGGAAGGACCGAGUUGUUGCCACUUAUGUCCCUCAACUGGCUGCGGGUUCUGCAGACUGUGCCACAAACCUGCUCAGCGAUGCGUCUACAGGGCCUGCUCUUUCCAGCGGUCUUUCUAAAGACAGUACUGACGGCAAUGCUUCGGAUGAUGACGAUGCAGGAACAGUUCAUUCGCAUGCUCUUUCACACUGCACCGCUCCUUCAGUUGCUCGCCUCUAUGCACCAAAACAGAUCCAGGUGCAGCAAGGGCAGGGUGACAAAUUUCCACAGCCACCGCUUUCUGAGAGCAGUUCGUCGGCAGGUGAUAUCCAGCAGAAACCUGCUGCUGCUGUGGAGUCCACUGGGGACACCUUCAAUCAGCUAUUAACCAACUUUCUGGAGAAGUUGCCGUGGUCGAAGCUUGGAAGUCAAACUACUGAACCACGUACUGAGGCCAAAGGAACUCCAGGGUGCAGCAACUCCGCCAGGACGUGGUCGCUCUGUAGCCCCACCGCGGCUUCAUAUUCCACAGUUGCUGCACCCAACAUGUCUUUAACAGGUGCAGCAGAUGAGCAGCCUUCUGACCACUCCGCAUUGAACUCCGAGCCUUCCACCAGCGCAGUCAGCUUGCCAUUGGAGGGUCCAGGUGUGCGUCCGCCGGGCUCACCGUCUUUGACUGAAAACCCUGCCCCUGCUGGAGAGAAGUUGACGGGCCAGACAACAACAGUGUCUUCGGGUUGCGUUACGUCGUCGCAUUCGUGCCGUGCAGAGGGUCAUCGCCAAGAGACCAAUCACGGGGAAGAGUAUGAGUGCUUGGCUGAUGGGGAUAAUGAAGAACACGGUGUUCAUGUUAGAGAAAGCGCGGCUGGCCGAAUUUCACGCUGUGAUGAUGCUGAGGUCGAGGCGACUCCCGUCAGAGUGUUUCCGGACUGUGUUGCUCGAGAGAUGAAGGAGCCAGAAAAAGAUGCCGUUGAUGUGCAAGUGGCAAUUAGUAAUGCAGCAAAUGCUGUGCGAUUCCUGCCAGAUGUACUGGUUGAUUUACCCAUUGUGGAUAAUUCUGGUGAAGCGAAAGCAGGUGAACUUGGAUCCCGCACAGAAGUGUUGGAGUGUGUUGCUGAGAAAGAGGAUGUGGUUCCAUGUGAGGAGGGAGGAUUGCAUGGUGCACUAUUGUCACCGUCGCCACAGACGUCAUCGGUAUCAUUGCCAGUGUCGACAUCAUUAUUAUCAUCAUCGUCAUCUCCAUCAUUGUUGUUGCCGUCAUCAUUGUUAUCACCAUCAUCACUGUUGCUACCAUCAUCAUUGUUGUCAUCGUCAUCAUCAUCGUCUUCGUCUUCAUCAUCACUGUUGUUGCCGUCAUUGUUAUCAUCAUCCUCACCAUCGUUGUUGUUGCCGUCAUCAUUAUCAGCAUCACCGUUGCCAUCAUCAUCAUCAUCAUCAUCAUCAUCAUCAUCAUCAUCAUCACCAUCAUCGUCAUCAUCAGUGUCAUCUCUUUUGCAGGAUGGAAGAUACCAUCACAACGCGAGCACAGGUUUGAAUCAGGCCGACGACAGACAAGGGAAAGCCUGUGCUCUGAGCGGGAGCUCUUACGGACGCGGUUGGACUUCAAAGUCGUUGGGUUAUCUCCAACUGGCACUGCUUGAAGAGAUCCGGCCAUUGGAGCUGAAAAACAGGAAGUUGACUGAGGAGUUAAGCAGGCUGCAUGUGGAGUUGCAACAGGGUGAUCCAGAGUGCAAACAAGUAGGRCCCACUCGAGGUGGUACCGCCACCCAACCAUACACGARGGAGGAGGAGGAGAAGAUGGCCGCCAUCCUGCAGGAGAGGAAGGAGAAGAAGGAGGCCAAGAAGAAGGCCUUGAAAGAAGAACAGGCGGCCAAAUUGAAGAAGAUGGAGGAAGAAAUGGCCAGGGAGAAGGAGAGGCUGAUAAAGGAAGAAGAGGAGAAGCUGAAGGAGGUGGAUGAAGACGAGGAGGGACCACCACUGCAAAGGAGUGGGCAGCACAGCGGCCGCAACAGUGAUGAGAUGGAGAAGAAGAUUUCGGAGUGGGUCGCCAACUUAUCCCUGGGUGAGGAGGAAGAGGUUGCUAUGUACAUCCCCAAGGAUGAGCAAGAAGCCGCCAUGAAGAAAUGGGAAGUAGAAGAAGAUGUUCUGACGCGGCGGGCGAUGGAGGAUGAACAGAGGAUGGCGUGGAAGCGCAGUGAUGAGGGAGAAGAAGUGAAGAGUGGAGGCGGCGAAUGCAGCAAUGCAAGAACUAGCGGAGUGGAGAUCAUCGCCCAGAGCGUUGACCGGUUAGCUAAAGUGCAAGAAAAACACUAUGAGUUUAGUCGCAGCCAGGAGAUAUCCGUGCGUUCGAUGCGAACGGGAUUACGGGAUUUUUCUCGCGAACUAGUAGGCGCUGUGGGAUCCGAGGUGAGUCAUUGCCUCGAGAAGACUGAGCAUAUUUGUGUCGGCGCCAUCGAAGGCGUCAAGGUGGCCGCUCCCAAGGAGGAGGAGGCCCGUCCGCGCAGGGAGCCAGUCAAAGUCAAAUUCCCUGAUUCCUACAGUGGGAAAAGGGAAGAGAACUUUGACAAUUGGGAGGCCAAUGUUAAGACCUAUGUGCAUUUGCAAGAGGUCUCCCCGGAUCAGCAGGUCUUAAUUGCGAUCCAUGCACUCAGAGACGAGGCCGCCAGUUUCGCGAGAUCCCUUGUUCGUGUUGCCAACUGUAGUGACGAUCCAGUUGCGUACUCCUCGUUUACGUCCCUCAUUGAAUUCUUGAAGCUUCUGCGCGAGCGAUUCGCUGAUGUUGCCCACACCUCCCUCACAGGCGUGGCGGAAGAGUUGAAGGAGAGGAGGCCCGCCUGGGUCAAGAUGAAGAUGGAGAAUAAAGGGCAGCUGAUUUUAUUAGAUGCAGAGAUUUUUAGAAGUAGAGUAGGGGCCCUAGUAGACUCAGGGGCCACCCGCAGCUAUAUUAGUAAGCAAGCGCUGCAGAAGUUGAGGCUGGGACUUAAGGUCCAGAAACUCACAGACCCCAUAGUUAGUAUCCUCGCGGACAAUCGUACCAUGGUUGUAGAGGAUUACGUAGAGGGAGUUCAGGCGUAUUUCCGCCUAGAGAAAGAUGGGAAGGUGGAGAAGGUCCUCCACUCCCUGACUCUCCUCGUAGAGGACAGCCUCCCGUUUGAUAUAGUACUGGGAAUGGAUUGGGGAGAGACAGUCGGGGCAACGCUCCAUCUGAAGGAGCACGAGUGUAGACUCCCUAGUUCUACAGGCGAGGCUAAGACUGCCCGCAUGUUUCAUGUGUCAGGAGUAGAGAAUUCCUUGGCACAUUGCUGCCUUAAUGCCCCUGCGUUCGCCAGAUUGGUGAAGAAGGAGAAAUUAGAGGAACAGGUCUUUGUUGCCUAUGUUAGGCCCGUCACUGAGCCUACGGAAGAGAAGCCGAUGGACCCUGCGAUUGCCAAGCUGCUGGAGGAGUUUAAGGAUUUGACUGAGCCGCCGACAGGCACGGUGCCGCGACCCAUCCAGCACCGUAUCGAGAUAGAGCCUGGCAAUAGAACUCCUAAGGGUGUUGUGUAUAGGAUGUCCCCGCGGGAGUUAGAGGAGCUUUGCAAGCAAUUAGACGAGCUCCUCGAGAAGGGUUGGAUUAGGCCCAGUUCGUCUCCUUUCGGAGCGCCUGUUCUCUUUGUUCCUAAGAAAGAGGGAGAGCUGAGAAUGUGCAUAGAGCCGUGGUUAGACAGAUUCGUUGUAGUUUAUCUAGAUGACAUCCUAGUGUUUAGCCGGACCCUCGAAGCGCAUCGGGGUCAUCUCAGGCAAGUCUUGGAGAAGCUGAGAGAAGCUAACUUCAAGAUCAAUGCAAAGAAGUGCAAUUGGGCGAAGACCCAAGUUUUGUAUCUAGGCCAUGUCUUAGACGGAGACGGCGUUAAGCCAGAAGAUAGCAAGAUCGCAGCGAUUAGAGAUUGGCCCACGCCACGUACGUUGACAGAGUUGCGCUCGUUCCUGGGCUUAGCGAAUUACUACAGGAAGUUCGUAAGGAACUUCUCCACCAUCGCUGCGCCCCUUCGCAGAUUGCUGAGAAAAGAGACAAUCUGGAAGUGGGACAAGGACUGCACGUCCGCCAUGAAGAAGCUAAAGCAGGCGUUGAUAGAGUAUCCGGUCCUUAAGGUCGCCGAYUCGUCCUUGCCUUUUGUUGUUACUACGGAUGCUAGCCAGUACGACAUAGGCGCAGUGUUACAGCAAGACGAUGGCAAUGGCUAUAGACCCGUAGAGUUCAUGUCCGYUAGGAUGCCUUCAGAGAAGGUUGCGACAUCUACCUAUGAGAGGGAACUCUACGCUCUCAGGCAAGCAUUAGACCACUGGAAGCACUACUUGCUUGGGAGGCACUUCAAAGUCUAUUCGGACCAUGAAACGUUACGGUGGUUAAAGACCCAGGCCAAGAUGACACCUAGGCUUACUAGGUGGGCCGCAGAGAUAGAUCAGUACGACUUCGAGCUCAAGCCUGUCAAAGGGAAGUACAACGUAGUCGCGGAUGCUCUGAGUAGGAGAGCAGAUUACUUUGGGGCAAUAGUACAUUACCUCGAUAUAGGAAAGGAUCUGCAGCAGAAGGUUAGAGAAGCCUACGCGCAGGAACCUAUCUAUAGUGAUCUCCUCACGCGAGUCAAGGAGGCCCCAGAGACCGAGCCGAACUACCGCACUACUGGAGGGUUACUCUUCGAGAAGACUAAUGUCUUUGACCGGUUGUGCAUCCCCAAUAGCGAAGAGAUCCGUAGUCUGAUUAUGGGGGAAUGUCACAACACAGAGGGUCAUUUCGGUUGGCAAAAGACUUUGGCCAAUCUGAUGCGCGCGUAUACCUGGCCAGGGAUGAAGAAUGACUGCGUAGAGUAUGUUCGCAGUUGCAAAGUCUGCCAGCGUAAUAAGAGUUCUACGCGCGCCCCGCUAGGUCUUCUCAGACCCUUGCCCAUUCCGGAUCAGCCAGGAGACUCAGUGUCAAUAGAUUUCAUGGACACUCAAGUCAAGAGCAGGCAUGGCAAGAGCCAAGUCAUGGUCAUAGUUGACCGCUUUAGCAAGUACGCAGUUUUUGUUCCUUUGCCUUCUGAGGCGCAUACUGAUUUAGUCAUACAGAGGUUCUUUGACUGUUGGGUUGCUGACAAGGAAGAGAAGUAUCAGAAGAGAAUUGAUGAGCUGGAAGCUGCUUUAAGGGAUAUAAAGUCCCGGUUCAAGGAUAAAGAAAGACAUUGUGAGAUGCUCCUCAAGAUGUUAAAGGAUGUGGAGAGUCACAAGCAAGAGGCUGAAACAAAGGCUACUCAUGAGGAGGAGAGGAGGACAAACCUAGAGCGUGGCCUUGAAAAGGCCCAGAAAUCACUUGAAGAUGUUGUCAGAACCGUCGGCGAGUUCCGGAGGAAAGAAGAGGUCCUCAAAAGAGAGUUGGAUCAGGCAAGGAAGUUUAUUGAAGAGGAGAAAAGAAGAGUGACUGAAAUUGAUGCAUAUCGAAAUGAUGAGGCAACAAGGAGAGCGAUCUUAGAGAUUCAGCUGCAAAAUCUUCAAGACGAGGUGAAUGAGAAGACUACUGCAUUGGAAUGCGCACCAAGGCCAUUGUGUGAGUUCAGCUAUGAGGAGUUACAGCAAGCAACAGAUGACUUCAGUGAUUCAAGAAAACUGGGAGAGAGCAGGUUCGGGGCCACAUAUGUUGGUGAGAUGCAGAUUGGGCGUGUUGCUGUGAAAAUUUUACGUUCUGGAUGGGACCAAGAUCUGUCAUGUGAGGAGUUGAGGAAGGAGGUGGAGACCCUGAGUUGCAUCCAUCACCCCAAUCUUGUAAUGCUACUUGGUGCUUGUAUUGAACGGCGAUGCCUUGUUUACGAGUUUAUGAAUAACAGCAGUCUUCAGGACCAUUUAUCAGGACGAUCCAACAUGGAUUCCCUGUCGUGGCAUGUACGGUUCCAAAUUGCUGCAGAGGUUGCUCGUACGCUUCAUUUUCUGCAUACGUGUUUCCAUGAACCCGUGGUCCAUCGUGAUCUCAAACCGGCAAACAUAUUUCUGGACAAGAAUCACGUCAGCAAAAUCGGCAACUUGGGACUCAAUAGGCUCAUGCCGCAGGCUGUCGCUGAGGCAUAUGCAGUGCACCAUACCAUGCAGCCACAGCCUGUUCUUCUCCGUGCCUUCGCAUACGUCGACCCUGAGUACUUUGUGACAAGGACCCUUGUGCCCCAAUCUGAUAUCUACUCGCUUGGCAUUAUAAUUCUUCAGCUCCUGACUGGGAAGAACUCUCCUGAAGUUUCAGGAUCAAUGCAGUUGGCAAUAGCAGACAAUCAGCUGGAAAGUAUCCUGGACAGGACGGCAGGGCGGUGGAACCUGGACCAAGCGGAGAAGGUGGCAUUACUGGCAUUGAAAUGUGCGGAGGUGAGGCGCCGAAAUCGUCCAGAUCUGCAGACGCAGAUACUUCCGGUGUUGGAAAUGGUUUCCAGACUUGCAGCGGAAGAAGCAGCAGCUGAUGUUUCAACGCGGCAUGCGGGGAUCCCGGCAGAGGCUGUGGCGACCAUGUUCAUGUGCCCAAUAACACAGCGGCGGAUUGCUGUCUGUGCUCGUCAAUAAAUCGGCGCCGUUGUUGUUUACGGUUGUUAAUGGUCAGUUGUGAGAGGUCAUGCUCAGUGUCUAUUAGCUCCAAAGGCCAGUAGCACAAGUUUUGGAUUGCUUCUCAGUUUGCAUCUUGUGAUGAGCAUAUAUCGUGCCGCGUUUUGAAAUUCUGUAAGGCAAAAAAUUGAUCCUGUAAUGGUUGGUAGGUGGAGCAUUGGCGGAAUGAAACCGUUCCCGUACUCCCAAGUACGGUAGUGGAACAUUUGUGGAUGUUCAUCUUAGAAGAUUAGCUCUUGCCAGUUCUCACCACAAUUAAUGUAGGCGAGGGGUCCGUAAAUGUUUUUUUAACUUUUUUUCUUUACCUGUAUGGAAGUACAUGCUGGCCAGUGGCCACCGUCAACAUGCAACAUGCUAGAUUGCAUCACCGUCAACAUGCAACAUGCUGGCUUGCAUGGAAAGAGCAGCUUUACUAAGGUAGGAAUGGACAAAGAAGGGAAGCAGAUUGAGUGCAGGACUGGGCAAAGGAAGGAAGCAGGCAAAGGAAGGAAGCAGAGUGCGCUUUAGUCCUUUCUUUUCCUAUUGAAUUGCAGGAUUUUGUAGUUAACCCAGUCAGAUCG